UACGUGAGGAGAGACACCAGCGUGAAGCGUCUAAGAGGAAGACUCACAAGAUAGCAAACAUGCAGUGGAGUCUGUUUGUGCUCAUUCUGAUGGGUCAGUGUUCCUUCUGCCUGUGUCGCCUCUACGAGUACCACUUUGUUGAGCAGAACAAGAGCUGGGAGGAAGCCCAGACGCAUUGCAGAGAUGAGUUCACUGACCUGGCCAAAGUGUUUGAUAUGACAGAUAUGAAGAGACUCAGUGACUUAGCAAGGAAUCAAGGUGGAGCCUGGAUUGGACUGCGCAACCAAAGCAAUGUCGACAGGAAGUGGCUCUGGUCUCUGCCAGGGGUGGAGUUCAAUGCUAAUGAGACAGAAUGGGUUGGUGGUGAGCCGAAUGAUGUAAAUCAUCCUGAGAACUGUGUGAUGAUGAAGAAUCACAAAUGGAUCGAUGACCACUGUCAUCGUAGAUAUCCAUUUAUCUGCUACGAUGAAAACAAUCAAAACAAAUACCAUUUGAUUAACGAAUCGAAAACAUGGCUAGAGGCUCAGAGCUACUGCAGAGAACGUCACACUGACCUGAUCAGUGGACCCACACAGUUAAAUGACGAAGAAUUCAAGAAGAUAGAGCUUUACAAAUUUGUUUGGAUCGGCCUGUUCAGAGACACCUGGAGGUGGUCAAAUGGGAGUAGUUUCUCUUUCAGAUCCUGGGAUCCGGAUCAAUUUAUUGAUGAGGGCGACAAGAAAUGUGCUAUGACUGUGUCAAAUGGAAAAUGGAGCUCUGAUGAAUGCAGUAACACAAAACCCUUCUUCUGCUAUGAUGAUAAACUGAACCUGAUCAAGGAGAACAAGACCUGGGAGGAUGCCUUGAAUUACUGCAGAAGGAACAACAGUGACCUGGUCUCCAUCACUAACCCUCGCCAGCAGGGAUGGGUCGAAGAGAAAGCCAAACAGGCCAAGAGUCCCUACGUCUGGCUGGGACUGCGCUACAGCUGCCCUCUGGAUUUAUGGUUCUGGGUCAGUGAUAACCUGGUCUGCUAUAAUAACUGGGCCCCAGGAAACAAGACGGAGGACUGUGACAUCGCUGUGGCCAUGAGCGCAGGAGAUGAACACAAGUGGUUCUGGUGGUUGGAAGAGGAAACUCAUAAUUUCAUCUGUGCUUGAACAUCUGACUGACAUCCUUCAUCAUGGCUGGAUGAGAGAUAACAAACAGUGAUCGUCUGUUAUUCAAUGAGGAAGUGUUCAGAUUUAAAGAGUGGGCUUUUUAUGCGUCUCUUGAGGGUGUAUUUUGCAUCAGUGUGGUACAAUAAGAGAAAAUACAUACACACACCUAUAUACUGCUUCGCUAUAGUAAAUAUUUAAUAUACUGUAUUUGGAAUGUUUAGUUUUGGUUAAGAUACGGGGAUGUUUAAAAUGUGUAAAACCAUGUAAUCAUUUAAUCAUAUUCAUUUUGAGUUUUAUGUAAACAGUUGAUUUUUCUGCUGCUGAUUAAAAAUGUUA